CAUCGACCCUGGGUAGCUUCCGCAAGCCCUCGCUCCUUAACCCUGUCGGGGGCCAUUUGCUUGCUCCUUUCGGAUGCUCUGGCGCCUUCGCCACGCAUCCAUCGGACCGCUCUGCUUGGGAGCGGCUGCCGUGGUCUCGGCGCUGUUCGAUUCCAGCACAACCAUCCUGCAGUCCAAGAUCGAGCCCGACUCCAAGAUCGAGCCCGCCAUUACCCAUAGCCUUCGCCUCUCAUGACCCAUCAACUCGAGGUGGUCUUCCGACCAGGAUCCAAGAGCAUCCUGGUCGAUCUGCUCUCCGCCGUCAAGGACAUUGCCCAGUUCAGCACUCUCUCGCUGGUUUUUACUCCGCGCGGUCUGUUGGUCCGCUUCGUGACGCCCUAUGAUUCGCUCUUGGGUCCCGGCUGCGUCGUUUCCUUCCACCUGGAUGCCCCAGAGCAAGAUUGUCCUGCGCAACCAGCAGGCACUUACUCAACGCACGGCGGAGGCGUCGGGAGCGUCCCGACUGUUCCUUCGCUUGCGCCGCAAGUGUCGUCCUCCAACCAGACUGUCCCAACGGGUGCCUCGCUUCCUAUCCCGGGACCCCAGCGGGACGAUCAAGAGUCCAUGAUGAUGAUGGCGACGACGGCGAUGAGGAUGUCCCAUGAGGCCCCGCUGUUCUCGUCGUCGUCGUCAUCUUCGGUCUCGGGCCUCCCGGGUGAUUUGGGCGACUACCCGUCCGGCGACUUGCCCAUGGCCGACCCAGCCUUCACGGGCGUGUUUUCGUCGUAUGUGUGCCAGAAGGACAGCAUGAUCAUCGGCAUCGAUCCGGCCGUGUUCCUGAAGCAGCUCAGCAUGGUCGACGACGAAGACUCCCUGACGAUCCGGGCGGACGAGAGCGAUCGAGACUUUGUGGCUCUCUACGAAAUGUACUUUGAGAGCCCUGACAAGUCCCGCAAGUGCAUGUAUGAAGUCGAUGCCAUUUCCAGCACCGGACGCAUUACUGCGCUGCAGCCCAUGAAGUACAGCGUGGUCUGCCAGGUGUCCUCGGCUGAGUUCAGCCGGAUCGUCCACAGUCUUGCCGAAACGAGUGAAAUAGUCACCAUCAACGCAGGCAAAAACUCCAUCACUUUCCUGGCCUCUGGACCGACAGGAACGCUGCAAGUUGGGCUGGCGCAGAAGGCUUAUGAAGAGAGGAACCCCAAGCUCAGAGUCAUUUCCUGCUCCAAGUCCGCCCAGCAAACUGUCGAAUCCAAGCUCCUUCUCGAAAUCGCCAAGGCGGUGCCGCUGAGCCAGCACGUGGUGCUCCAUCUCUCAGACGACAAAGUUCCCAUCCGAAUCACCUUCCCGAUGAUAGCGGAUAUACUUCCACAAGGCUCGAUCCAGCUCCGGCGACCGGGCAUGGGUGGGAUCGGGCUCGGGCUCAACGGGAGCCCAUAUUCAUACUCUUCCCUCUCUGGAUCAUCGGCUUGCUCGCUUCAGCAGCAACAGCAGCAGCAGCAGCACUACUUUUACGACCAUGCCAGAUCAAAGGGCGAUCAUCAGGGCGGACAUCAGCUCGAUGCGGCUGCGGUGGCUCUCAUUUCGACUUCCCAGGGCGACAAAUGGGUCGACCUCAGCCUCCACACGCCCCAGCACGUCAUCGGAUCGCUCUACUACUACAUUCCUUCUGUUUGGGAGGGAUGAGCCUCGCUCACAGACUCUUUCGCUUUGUAUCACCGGACCGAUUAUCUCGUGUGGCUCUGCAGUACUUGGCAAAGAACCAUCAAAUGGUGCUUUGGUUUGCGUUUUGGCUCUACUUUCGGCUGGUAGAAUUGAGAGAAAGACCAAAGAUCGAAAUAAGCGUGCGCCUGGCAAGUUGUAUUUCUGUUCAGAGACUAUAGCCUUUGUGGAAACCAACGAAGAAAGGAAGUAA